AUGGCUGCUGACAUAUUAGUUAUUCCAAUGUCAACUAUAGCAUCAGAGUCCACAUUUAGUGCUGGAGGUAUAGUUAUCGAUGAAUAUCAUUCCAAAUUGAAUGAAGAAUCAAUUGAAGAAAUAAAAAGAAUGUAUGAAAGGUUAGUGACCAUGGUUGAAAGGUUGGUGUUGACAAUUGGAGAAAAGUUGGUUUCCCUACAGUCGAGGUUAGCGAAUAAAAGUGAGAAGGAAGAUAUGGUGAAAGCAGUAAGUAGUGAAGAUGAUGAAGAGAACUCAAGUGAAAAUGAAAAAAUUGAUAGAGAUGAUAAAGAUAAAGAGAAAGAAGAAGGGAGUGACUUUAGAUUAGAGGAUAAUGGUGAAGAAAAAACUAAAGACAAGUCAAGUGAUGCUGCAGUAGAAGAGGAUAAGGGGGAAGACGAUGAUGAGGAGGGAAAGAUCAAAUGA